UUGAGUUUUGUAGCUAUAUGUGAGAUGUUGAGUCUUUUUAGAUAUAUAUUAAAUGUUGAGUUUAUUUGAAAUAUAAGAUGUUGAUUUACUUGAACACAUAUGACAUACUAGAUAUAUAUAUGAGAAUUUACAAUCAUUUAUUCAUUGUGUGAGAAGGAGAUGUUGAGAUUCUUGUAAAUGAAUACAUAUGAGAUGUUUAGAUGAACACAUAUGAAAUGUUGAGUGUUUACCGAUAUUUGAGAUGAACUCAUAUAUGUUUAUUUUGAAAUUUGAAAGGAUGGUUUGGCUUCUCGACUAUGUCUACGACACAAAACACCGGGCCUACAUGAUGCGCGAGAAGGAGAUGAAGCUUGAACCUUUGAAGAUUCGGUAUCACGGGGUCUCUGGUCUUGCCAUGCCUUACAAUGAGCGGUACACACCGUACAUCAAGCAGGCAGGACUACUCCAGGGGAUUCAGUUUGUCAGUCGGUCCAUGCCGAAUCUGAACGUUCCACUGGUGUCCGCUCUUGCUGAUCAGUGGAGGCCGGAGACGCACAGUUUCCAUCUUCGGACUGGGGAGAUGACCGUGACGCUCGAGGAUGUCUCGUUGAUCACCAGUCUUGCUAUCGACGGAAUGCCUCUCUGUAUGAGCACCGAUUCUGAUGGGUGGCGCGAGCAGAUGAUUGCUCUUAUCGGUAUGGCUCCUACCGAGGUUGAGGCUGAUGUAGAGGAGGGAGAAGAGAAGAAGAAGAGGGAAAAGAAAGCAGCCAGACCUGCUUUCACGUGCAUUCAAAAUAACUUUGCGACGUGCGCUCCGGAUACCACUGAUGAUGUGAUCCAGACACAUGCUCGUGUCUACAUGUGGUACGUUGUGUCGAGGACUUUGUUUCCAGUAAUUUUAGUGAUGUUCAAGCAAAUUAUGUGA